CAGCCACACACGGACACCUCAGUCACCUCAGUCUUUCUUCGCAGGCAGUAGAAUGUGGUCGUGCUCUGGGGUGCCCGUCUCUAUUGCACGGUGACAUCAACGCGUCCUCCUGUUCCUGCUCGCUUCGCUAGAACCUUACACAAAGAACUAACUACAGAGGAGUCAACGAAGCUUGAAAUUAAAUGCACUUGAAAACCGACGACAACUAGAUAACGAAAGGGGGAAACGGCAGUUCGUCACCUCUUGAGAGUGUGAAAGAGUCAUCCACAAUGAGGCCUAAUCCGUCGUUAAUAUGGCUGAAGAACAACUGGAGAUACUUGUUCGUGUUUAUAGUUCCUCUCCUACUGGCCAUCAUGCCAAUAGUGGGACAACAUGAGGAGGCAAAAUGCGGGUACGUCAUCCUGGUGAUGGCGUUUUACUGGAUGACGGAAGUGAUCCCCAUGGCAGUGACGUCACUUAUUCCUGUGUUUGCCUUCCCGUUGUUUGGCAUUCUGUCAACGGCGGAAUGUUGUCUGGUCUACAUGAAAGCGACAAACAUGAUGUUCCUCGGAGGUCUCAUGGUAGCCGUGUGCGUCGAGCACUGUAAUCUCCACAAAAGAAUCGCUCUCCUGGUCAUUCUCCGCAUCGGUCAAAGCCCGGCUCGUCUGAUGGCCGGAUUCAUGAUCGUGACAACCUUCCUCUCGAUGUGGAUCUCCAACACUGCUACGACGGCUAUGAUGGUUCCCAUCGUUAAUGCUAUCUUAGAUGAAUUAUAUCCGCCAUGUAACGAAAGCAUUCCUGACAAGAAAGACGAAAUAGAAACGUCCGACGACAAUGACAAGAAUAAGUUGGAAAUGGUAUCGACCGGUGUGGAAAAUCAUGGUUAUGUGACUGAUAAUCCCAGAGUACAAGUCGAUGCAGAAAAUGGAGAAUCUGCGAGAGAAGGUAACCUAGACAUCGUUACAAAAUCUACUGACGAAGAAAAAGAUGAAAAUCGGGACAUGAAACCGAAGAGAACUGAGAGAGAACUCAUGGCUCGGGCUCUGCUCCUUGGAGUGGCUUACUCUUCCAACACAGGCGGUACAGGAGUUGUUACAGGAACUGCUCCGAACCUGGUCAUGAUGGCGAUUUUAGAAAGCUCUUUCAGCCAACCUAGUGGACUGAAUUUUGCUACAUGGAUACUCUUCAACGUCCCAGGAAUGCUUAUAUGUAACCUUUUGGCCUGGAUCUGGCUCCAAGUCCUGUUCAUGGGGCUAGGCUGUAAAAAGGGUGGCAUCCAGAAAGCAUCCACAGAGAAACAGGAAGCAGUAAAACGCCUUAUUUAUCGAAAGUAUAAGGAACUAGGCAGGAUAACCCAGCACGAAGUAACGGUGCUUCUUCUCUUCUUCCUACUGGUAGGACUAUGGCUCUUCAGAGCUCCAGGAUUCAUUGCUGGCUGGUCAGCGAUCUUCACACACAAGUAAGUCUGUGUCUAUCUC